AUGAACAACUUUUACAACCGGCUUGUUUUGGAUUUCAAAAAAAUACGUCAAACCCCACUUGAUGGAAUCGACGCUUGUCCUGACGAAGAUGACAUUAAAAAAUGGGUUUGUGUAAUCUUUGGACCAGAAGACACGAUUUGGGAAAAUGGGAUCUUCCAAUUACGAAUGGAAUUUACAGAGGAAUACCCAGUCAAACCACCAAAAAUUGUUUUUGUGAGUCCGAUGUUCCACCCGAAUAUAUACACCAAUGGAAGUAUUUGCUUGGAUGUCUUGAAGUCGAAUUGGUCUGCUGUUUUUGACGUGUCCUUCAUUCUUCUAGCGAUACAAACACUUCUCAAUCAACCAAACCCCGACUCCCCGGCGAAUACAGAAGCGGCAGAAUUAUACAAAAACAACAGAAGUGAAUACGAGAGAAGAGUUAAGGAAGUCGUACAAAUGUCAAUUAAAGCGAUUGACGAGUGA